AUGUCAGCCCCAGUGCCAGACACUGUCUGGACAUCAGGCGACGCAAACAACCCGCCUCCGGCUGCCGACACCGCACAACAUAACUCUGUGGUCACUGAGCCUCUAGAAAGAGUCGGCACAUCGAAGGAACUGAACGACGAGAAAGUACUGGAUCGGGAAUAUGUGCAACAACAGGACUCCGAGAAACAUGAUGCAGAGAAGCAUGGUCACACUGCACUCGACCGCCACCAGAGUGACUGGACAUCUGCCUCAAGUAGCGAUGAGACCCCGGAUGACAAGAGCCAAAGAAGCAUAGACGGCGAGAAGCGGAAAUGGAGCGAAAAGAUGAACCCAUUCAAGAGUAACCACAAGCCGCCAAUACCCACCGAACAGGGAGAGUCGAGAGAAUACAAGGCCAAUUUCUUCAGCCAUCUUACCUUCCAAUGGAUGGCACCCAUUAUGGACGUUGGAUAUCAACGACCGCUCGAACUCAAUGAUCUGUGGAAAGUCAAUCCAGAUCGUAGUGUAGAUGUAUUAUCUGCAAGACUUAAGGCCGCUUUCAAGAAGAGAGUCGACAAUGGAACCGAAAAUCCCCUCAAGUGGGCCCUCUUCGAUACUUUCAGGAACGAGUUUUUACUGGGAGGAUUCUGUGAACUCAUCGCCUCCGUCGUCCAAGUUUUAGCUCCUUUCGUUCUCCGUUAUCUGAUCAACUUUGCUGCCGACGUAUACGUGGCUAAGGAAAGAGGAACGCCUAGACCUAGUGUUGGCCAUGGAAUUGGUCUGGUCUUUGCAGUCACUAUUCUGCAAAUGGUUCAAAGCGUUUGCACAAAUCACUUCUUGUACCGAGGCAUGACUGUAGGUGGUCAAGCUCGAGCUGUCACGAUCGCUAUCAUCUUUGAGAAGGCUAUGAAGCUAUCUGGGAGAGCAAGGGCCGGCGGCAAAGCAAGCAAUGAGUCUGUUGCUCUGCCCGCUAAUAUUGCUCCUGGCAGUAAGGAAGAGAAGAAAUGGUUGAAAGCGAAGCUCAAGAAGGAGAAGUCGACUCCGAAAGACAAAAAAGGAGUUUCUGGAAGCGGAGAAGGCUGGUCAAAUGGCAGAAUUGUCAACUUGAUGUCUACCGACACCUAUCGCAUUGAUCAAGCUUCUGGAAUGUUUCACAUGAUCUGGGCUUCGCCAAUCUCCAUCGUCUUGACCCUCGUACUGCUUCUUGUCAACAUCACUUAUAGUGCACUGGCUGGAUUUGCUCUCCUCGCUAUCGCUAUGCCAUUGCUUGGUCGCUCGAUCAAAAGCUUGUUUGUUCGCAGAAAGGCUAUCAACAAAGUCACUGAUCAGAGAGUUGGACUCACGCAGGAAAUUCUAGCUGGUGUAAGAUUCGUUAAAUACUUUGGAUGGGAGAGCAGUUUCCUUGACCGCCUGAAAGAAAUUCGGCGCAGAGAAAUUGGCAAGAUUCAGUUCUUGCUGAACAUUCGUAAUGGCAUCAUGGCUGUUUCCAUGUCUAUGCCUGUGUUCGCUUCUAUGCUGGCCUUUAUUACCUACAGUCUUACAAACCACAGACUCCAGGCAGGAAAGAUCUUCUCAUCCUUGGCUCUCUUCAACGGUAUCAGACUGCCACUCAACUUGCUGCCUCUCGUAAUCGGGCAGACUGUGGACGCCAGUGCAUCAAUCCGCAGAAUUGAAGAGUUCUUGCUGGCCGAAGAGGCAUUGGAUGAAGCCACCUGGGAUUACGAAGGCAAGGAUGCCAUUGUCAUGAAGAACGCUGACUUUACCUGGGAAAGAACCCCGACUCAGGAGACAGAAAAGAAAGCGGUCGGAGCUCCAGGAUCUAAAGAAGCCAAAGCUGCUAAGAAGGCUGACAAGAAGGCUGAAAAGCAAGCGAAAAAAGACGCAAAGAAGGCUACCAAGGAGGCACUGAAGAAAGUCGAGAAUGGUGCUGGUCUACAGGCUGACAGCGAAACUACUUUGGCCGAGGAUACGAGCAGCGAGCGUCCAUUCGAGAUCAAGGGCCUCAAUCUCUCGAUCGGCCGUAAUGAACUUGUCGCGGUCAUCGGAAGCGUUGGGUCUGGUAAGACUUCAAUGCUGGCUGCACUUGGUGGAGAAAUGCGCAGGACUGCAGGCGAGGUUACCUUCGGAGCUUCACGAUCGUAUUGCCCUCAGUAUGCCUGGAUUCAGAACGCGACUGUCAAGGAAAACAUCACUUUUGGAAAGCCCUUCGAUCAAGAAUGGUAUGACGCCGUGGUUGAUGCUUGCGCUUUGAGACCCGAUCUCGAAAUGCUUCCUAAUGGCGACCUUACUGAGAUUGGAGAGAGGGGUAUCACUGUGUCUGGUGGCCAGAAACAACGCCUGAACAUCGCGAGAGCCAUUUACUUCAACGCCGACAUUGUCCUUAUGGAUGAUCCACUUUCGGCCGUCGACGCGCAUGUAGGACGACACAUCAUGGAUAAUGCUAUCUGCGGACUUCUCAGGAACAAAGCUCGUGUUCUUGCCACUCACCAACUUCACGUUCUACACCGCUGCGACCGUAUCAUUUGGGUCCGAGACGGUACUGCAUACAAAAUCGAUACAUUCGAUACCCUUAUGGCGACCGACGCAGACUUCCAGAAGCUCAUGGCUACCACUGCCAAAGAGGAGAAGAAAGAAAAGGAAGACGAAGAGGUCGAUGGUGAAGAGAUCGAAGAAGAGAAGAAGGACGUCCAGAAGACAAGUGGUGGCAAGAAGCCCGCCGCAGCACUUAUGCAGGCUGAAGAGCGUGCGGUCAAGAGCGUCUCGUUCCACAUCUACAAGGCUUACAUCAAGGCUUCCGGGUCUCUUGCUGUUGCACCUCUGAUCCUUCUGGUCCUUAUCUUGUCUCAAGGUGCCAACAUUUCAACCAGUUUGUGGUUGUCGUGGUGGACUUCGAACAAGUUCGGCUACAGCAAAGGAGUAUACAUUGGAGUCUAUGCCGCGCUAGGUGUAUCGCAGGCUGUGCUCAUGUUCGCGUUUUCCAGUACCCUGACCAUUUGUGGUACCCGGGCCAGUAAAACUCUACUCCACAACGCAGUCACUCGAGUCCUCCGCGCACCCAUGUCAUUCUUCGACACAACACCGCUUGGACGCAUUACCAAUCGCUUCUCUAAGGAUGUCGAUACCAUGGACAAUGCCCUGACCGAUGCAUUCCGCAUGUUUUUCAUGACAAUGGCGCAAAUCAUCGCCGUCUUCAUCCUGAUCAUUGCCUAUUACUACUACUUCGCUGCUGCUCUGGGUCCCUUGUUCGUCAUGUUCCUGUUUGCUGCAAGCUACUAUCGCUCUUCAGCACGUGAGAUCAAGCGCCACGAAGCCGUCCUUCGUAGUAGCGUUUUCUCUCGCUUCAGCGAAGCAGUGUCUGGCGUCGCCACUAUUCGUGCCUAUGGAUUGCAGGAUCAGUUCUCGAGAUCUGUGCGUGACGCGAUCGAUAACAUGAACUCCGCUUACUAUCUCACCUUCUCGAACCAACGCUGGUUGUCCGUCCGUCUUGACGCAAUUGGUACUCUGCUCGUUUUCGUCACUGGUAUCUUAGUCGUCACUGCUAGUUUCUCUGUCAGUCCCAGUAGUGGUGGUCUGGUCCUGUCAUACAUUCUCUCAGUUGUGCAGAUGAUUCAGUUCACUGUUCGUCAGCUCGCUGAAGUCGAGAACAACAUGAACUCUACUGAGCGUAUCUACUACUAUGGCAACAACCUCGAGGAGGAAGCUCCUCUUCACACAGUCGAAGUUCGUCCCUCAUGGCCCGAGAAGGGAGAGAUUGUCUUUGACAACGUCCAAAUGCGCUAUCGUGCAGGGCUCCCUCUUGUUCUCAAGGGCCUGAACAUGCACGUUGGAGCAGGUGAACGUAUCGGUGUUGUUGGCCGCACUGGUGCAGGAAAGUCCACCAUCAUGUCUACUCUGUUCCGCCUGGUGGAGCUCAGUGGUGGAAGCAUUACAGUCGAUGGUCUCGACAUCGCCAAGAUUGGUCUCAAAGAUUUGCGAUCACGCCUUUCGAUCAUUCCACAGGACCCUACUUUGUUCAAGGGUACCAUCCGUAGUAAUCUCGACCCAUUCAACGAACAUACAGACAUGGAGCUGUGGGGUGCACUUCGCCAAGCCGAUCUCGUCGGCGAGCAACAGGACAUCACUGACUCGUCUUCCCGUAUCCAUCUCGAUGCCCCUGUCGAGGAAGAAGGGUUGAACUUCUCCCUUGGUCAGCGCCAGCUCAUGGCUCUGGCUCGUGCUCUUGUACGUGGAAGCCGUAUCAUCGUCUGUGAUGAGGCAACCUCUUCAGUCGAUUUCGAAACCGAUCAGAAGAUUCAGCGCACAAUCGUCAAGGGUUUCCAAGGCAAGACCCUUCUGUGUAUUGCUCAUCGUCUGAAGACCAUCAUUGGAUACGACCGUAUUUGUGUCAUGGAUCAGGGACAGAUUGCCGAACUCGAUCGCCCCAUCACCCUCUACGAUCAGGGAGGCAUUUUCCGCAGCAUGUGUGAUCGUAGCGGCAUUCGCAGGGAAGACUUCUUCGCCAGCGCUGAAGCCAACUUCGCCGAGUAA